GACAUUUUAAAUUCGUGCUAGAAGCAAGAAAAAUCCCAAUUUGAGAUCAACAGCGUUAUUUUUUCUCUUGUGUGUGUCCGUCAAUUUGUCCAAUUGUCGAUUGCCUGUGAAAAAGUGGAAUAUAUAGCCAGAUAUUAGUGAAGUGGCUACUUGCGAUUUAACAGUAGAGAAAAGUAACAAAAGCUUGCGUAAAACAACAAGUAGAGUGCAAAUGAUUUAUAACCCUAACGCCAAUUGAAAGAGCACGCGAAUUCCAAUGGCGCAGUGCCACCAUUACUAUUGUUGUUAAAGGAGGCAGAGUAGGAGGCUGCUACCUGCUACACUUCAACUGCGGUUGCUGCAUUUUUUUUUUUUAGCUAGGCGUGUUCUGCGAAGUUGUUUCAGCAACCACGAAAAGCUCGGAAAGAAGUGCGCUUGCUGUUCAUAUCUUCAAGGUGAAGAGGUAGCAAAAGUACUGGGUAAGACAAAAGGGAGUUGUAGAAGGGCGAGGCACACAUUUUUGCGUAGGCGACCAUAAAGUUAUUACAAAUUCCCAAUUGAAAAGUGAAUUAUUUAGCAAAAUGGAUGUAGCUGUUGUAAUUGAUACACAAAUUACCGAAUAUCUUGAGGAUCGCAAGUGCGCUUUGGAAGAAAUGAAGCAGGCCAUACAAUCGGUCGGUGCUAAUUUUCAGCGUGUGCAGUUCGACAAACUCGAUUUCGGUGAAACGAACAUGCUAGAAACAUUCUACAAUGCAGAUGUGGCGAUAAUUGAUUUAAGUAUACUGGUGCAACAGCGAUCACUGUCCUACCAUCUGGGAGUACGCGAGAGCUUCGGUAUGAAAGGGAACAUUAUCGUCUAUAAUGAUGUACAAUCCAAGCAGACAUUGUGCCUCAAGGUGUGUGAGUAGUAACCGCUGAAACUGCAUUUCGAUAAAUUUUAUUAGCAUAAUUAGUAGAAUUUCAGGCGCGGAGUUGGGGUGUUGUAGCAUUUUGCAAUCAAUUAACACAUAAUUCUGCCAAUACUACUUUCGGCAAAUAAGUAGCUUUGCU